AUGACGACGAUUGGAAAAAUUGAUGUUUUUGAUGAAACCCAAGAAAGCUGGGAGACGUAUGUCGAACAAGUACAACAUUUUUUCGCUGCAAACGAUGUCGACGACAAUCAUCAAGUGCCAACUCUGCUGAGUUUGAUUGGAAGCAAAACGUGUUAUGAAGACUGUUAAAAACGUGCGAGAGACACCUUAAGUUAAAGGUAGAACUCAGGCUUCCCUGAGAACAAGUUGCGCGAACACAUGUUUUUUUUUGUGAUGUAGUUUUAUAUUUUUUUUAUACGAGUUUUAUAUACGAGUAAACCCUGAGAUUUUCGACGAUAUUUUAGUUUGUUUUUGCGUAGAGUUCGAUAUUUAUCACAUGGCGCCCAACGUGGGGCAUAUUGUCAAGGAAAUUUAAUCAAAAAUGAGCGAAGAAAAGGCGAUUUUAGCGAGAUUUCGAGCCGUUAGAGGAGGCAAUCGAGCAGUUAUAACGAAGCUUAUCAACGAAACACGAACGAUUUUCGAGGACGAACAACCAAAUCGAGGGAGAUUAACAACUAUAACGGAUUUGCUAAACGAAAAAACGAGACUGGUUAAAGAUUUGGACGAAAAAAUUAUAAAUAGUUGCGAGGUUAGUGAUAUUGCAAACGAGAUCGAAGAAGCAGACGAACUGAAUUCGCGAAUUUUAGACGUACAACGAGAAAUAAAGGAAUUACUCAACGGUGUGGCUACGAAGUCACCGCAGAAAAAUACAAUCGAAGAUUCAAGCGAUAGUGGAAACGAAGUAUUAUCAGUACCAGAACAGAGUUCAGAACAAUCUACGAUUCAGGAAGUACAGAUAGAAGCAAGUGGAAGUACCAGUUUAAGCCCAACCAAUGAUGCACCUCAGCCAGCGCCCACAGAG